AUGACAUUCCUUAUAACUCGACAAUUCAAACGUUUAAAACAAAUUAUUUCAAUUCCCACUACUACAUUAUAUUUCCUACCAUCAACUCACAUCUUUCUUCGUAGAUACACGGCAAGAAAACCCACGAAACUCAGUAAUUCCUCGGCACCAAUUUACGCUCGAAGGGAAUUAGAAGAUGGCAGUUUAUUCAUAUCUCGAGUACCAUUAUCCCCACAAAAAAUAUCUUAUGAUGAUUUACCACCACCAUUAAAACCAAUUAAAGAGAAAUCAUAUCAUUUAACUCAAGAACAAGUAAAGGAAAUACAACAACUACGCGAACAAAAUCCUGUUAAAUGGUCUAGAAAAAAAUUGGCAGAAAAAUUUGAAUGUAGUCAACUUUAUAUAGGUAUUAUUGCUCCCGUAUCUAAAGAAAGGAGAGCUCAAUUAGAAGAGGAAAAGGAUGCGGAAAUUGAAGAGAUGGGAUGGAAAAAGAGAUUUAUUAGGAAAGAGAGGGUCAGAAGGAGAGAAUUAUGGUGA